AUGCCUGCCAGCAACGUUUCGUCGGACCUGAUCUGGGAGAUCGUCCGCUCCAACAACGCCUUCCUUGUCAAGCGCAAGGAGUCCGGCGGUGUUCAGUUCUCUCGCGACCCCUUCAACCUGACCAACAAGCACUCCCGCAAGCACGCUGGUUUCGUCAACGAGAAGGCUAUCAGCGUUGGCCACAACGAGAAGGGUGGUGUCCAGGUCCUGACCAAGAAGACCGGCUCUGCCCAGAAGCCCGCUUCCGGCACCCACACCACCACCUACCACGGUGGCAAGUCUGCCCGCAGCUCCUACAAGGCUGUUGCCAACCAGGCUGCCAAGAACGGCUACCGUGCCGACCUCCGUGAGGCCGCUGUCCAGCGUGUCUCUGCCGUCCGCCGCUCCCAGCGCGAGCCCAAGCCUACCCCCGAGAGCAAGCCCCGUGGUGCCAAGGCCAAGAAGGCCGCUGCCGCCGAGGAGUCGUCGUAA